CCGUUGUGUGUGAUUUUGGCCGACGGUUGUUUCAAGGCGAAACCUUUGCUUUGCAGUAAAUUUGUUGUUCGUGGGAAUCGAUAUUUACUGUCCUUGUCACAAAAUUGUGACUCAUAUUGAUUGGUUAAUACAUUCUAAAUAUCAACCCGGACUGUCGAAAUCGGCAAAGAAGAAAUCAGAGUGGUUUUCGAGGCCAGAAGAAUGAUUUUAUUAGCGUGAUUGUUCAUUGAUUCGCCGCCCGCAAAUUACCCUGCUUCAGGACUGUCUGGAAUUCAAGAACAAGGCAAACGGAUCAAAAAUGGCUGAUGAUUUAGAUGAUGGUGUUAUUGAAGUACAAGUUAUCCCACAAGAUGAUAAUUGGGGAGAAACUGCGACAACAAUUACUGAGACGGCUACUUCGUACUGCCCGAGUUUUGAUGGUGACUACGAAACUUUUGACGAGAAGCCCAAGACUCCAUUUGCAAUCGGUUUGAAUUUCAAGCAGGUUAUAUCAAUCAUAAUUUCGUGUUUACUUGGCUUACUUGCCGUUUGCUCUCCUGUUGCUUUUGUUUUACUCCCGAUCUUGACAUGGGGCACUCUUUCUUGUGGAAGUAUUUGUGACGGAAAGUUCAUUAGUCUGGGCGUAAAGAUAAUUAUAUUGUUGGCCGGGAUUUGGGCAUUGUACUUUCGGCCAAGAAAAGCGAUGAUGCCAAGAAUUGACAUUUUCAAAAUGAGUUUAAUGGUAUUGUGUUUUACCGUUAUGAUUUGUUUCUGGCUUUUCUAUGCGUUUAGAAUUAUCGAAAGGAAAGAGAAGGCCUUGUUAACAAUUCUCGAGUAUGCAUUAUCGUACACAGAUUCGAUGCUUUUCCUCCAUUAUUUAUCCCUUGUUGUUUUGUGGAUAAAGCACAGAGAAAAGGCCUUUACCAUAAAAGUUAUACGAAGCGCAGAUGGGACAAGCAAAUACUACAACAUUGGGCAGCUCAGCCUACAGAAAGCUGCUGUCUUUGUUUUGGAAAAGUAUUAUCGUGAUUUUGCAGAGUAUAACCCGUACCUCGAAAAGCUGCCUUCCCGUUCAAAGGCAAAACAAUUUCAAGGUCUCAAAUUUUACGAUGUAGAUGGCCGGGGGAAUAAUGAUUCGGCGAAUAUCGCUUCACAAACAAGGGCUGUCCUUGCUGCUAGUGCAAGGCGUCGUGAGGGGAGAAACGACAGGUUUUACGAAGAAGCUGAGUUUGAAAGAAGAGUGAGGAAACGGAAAGCACGCUUGAUUGUUGCUACAGAAGAGGCUUUUGGGCAUGUUGCCAGAAUAACUCAGGAGAAAUACAACGAUGGGAAUGUCAUGGACCCGGAUGAUGCAGCCCAGGCAAUUUUCCCGUCGCUGGCAAGGCCGUUGCAAAAGUACCUGAGAACCACUCGUCAACAACCCCGAUUUACCAUGGAAUCGAUUAUAAAGCACCUUGCUCAUUGUAUAAGAUGCGAUUUGUCGCCAAAGUCGUUUUUGGAAAGGUACACAGCAAGCCAGCCUUGCAUAGCUUUCAUGGGACCAGACCGCAAGCAAGAAUGGAAUCUCGUAUCUGUUGAGUCCCCACAUAGAUCUUUACGUGAAGGGACAGUUUUCCAGUUGAAGAAAGAUGAUAUCUCCUUGGUAGUGACUGUCAGACAAAUACCUCUUUUUAAACUCGAAGAAGAACCGUUUGAUGUUGAGAACAAUCGAUUUGUCUUACGUCUUAAUUCGGAAACCUCAGUCUAACAUCAUUCUUUUGUAUGUGCCAGGCAGAAAUGAUGCCUCUGUCGUCAACUACUUGACAAGUUCUGACCAACUUUGUUACUGAUGACAGUGCAGUUUGACCCAAGGCUCUGUCAUAUGGUAAAAACAUUCCAGGUCUAGAGAUAAUUGACAGUCCAAGGAUACAAGUGAAUUGACGUAACGAUGUUGUACGAUGGUACCGCGGUAUCUUGGCUUACUGUAUACUUGCAAUGUUACAGUACUUCAAGGCAUGUAAAGGUGUAAAAUCAAGUUGAAUAUGUAAGGAAUUUUGAUAACAUGAACCAACCUUUCGUAAUUCAUGGACAUGGAAACAAUGUGACAAUGACUGUGGAUCAAUAUGAAUGCCACAAACUCAACAAUAUUUAGUUUUAACUGCUCUGUACGUUAGUAUAUAAUGCAAGACAAAACUCUGUUUUGCAGAUAUGCUAUCAGUAUCUUUUAUGAUGUGUCAAUUCUAGAGGCUUUUCAGAAACCCUAGGUUGUGUGCUUUGAAUAGUUUUGCUCUUGUUAAUAAUUGCUUAGAACUUUUUGUCAGAAGCCAGUUGACAACGUGUAGAUAUUCCCUGAAAACCCCUGAACAUGACUAUUCCUAUCUUCAAAAAUAUUCUACCUUUAUUAUCCCAACCCCAUUUCAAUGCUGUAGCAACUGAUUAAGAUGUUUAUAAAUAUUAGAUAGACUUUUUCUUCUGUUUAUAAAGGUGAAGAAGUUAAGGUGACAUAUCUUUUUGAGUGUCAACCAAUCAAAUUUGUGAAGAAGCUUUGCCAGUGACCUCAAUUCAUUUGGGGUCCUGAUGUCUAUAUGCUUGUAUUGUGUUUAAUUCUUAAAAUUUCAGUAUUUCACAUGUAAACUUUACAAUUAGGAGAUUUUUACUCUCAACAACAAAAACCCCCCACUUCCCUUGCAUGAUACAGAAUAAUGUGGAUAACUGUAAGUGUUUAAUGUGUAAAGUAGUUCUUAGUACUCUGAUGUAGAGGGUUGCACAUAAUUUUGUGCUUUAGUGGUCUUCUCCCCCAUUGUUAUUAAACCCCAAAUUACUUGGAAAACCAGAUACACCCUGCUAUUAAGGAAGGGGAGAUGAUAGGGUAAAAGUUUUUUUUAGGAAAUCUCAGUUGCUCUAUAAUUGGGUGAUAACUGGAUUUUACAUAAGUAGUAUUUUAUCUGAAUAUGCUGUUGUAUUUGUUCUUAUGUUUCAAAUUCUUGCCCAAUAUGGUCCUUCCUGUUUGAAAAUUCCUCCCCUAGGAAAGGAAAUUAAAAUGAAAAACCUGGUGAUGUCAAGCAUCCUUUUUGUAUUGUUAAUAAUUAAUUUUAAUUUUCUUAAUCCACUUAUUCUUGGAAAACAGCAGAACUCUCAUAGUCUUUUUCUGAUGUAAGUUGUGGAUUUAACUCUGUUGAUAAAAAAUCUGUCAGCUAAUUUGUUCA